AUGCCGCUGUUGGUGUUCGUGAACUCGAAGAGCGGGGGGCAGAUGGGAACGUACAUGCUCGAGUCGCUGCGGUCGAAUUUAAAUCCGCUGCAAGUGGUGGAUUUACACAACACCGGUCCAAAGGCGGCGUUGAAGCUCUUCGCCAACGUGCCAAACGUACGAAUUUUAGUCGCGGGGGGAGACGGAACGGUGGCGUGGAUUUUGCAAACGCUCGACGAAAUCGACGUUCCGAAGAAGCCACCGGUGGGUGUUUUGCCUCUGGGCACCGGGAACGACUUGGCGAGAGUACUGGGAUGGGGUGGUGGGUACUCGAACGAGCUCAUCUCUGAACUUUUAGUGCAAGUGCUCGAGGCGCACCCCGCGCUGCUGGAUCGCUGGCAGGUGGAAAUCACCGCCAACGAGCCGCCGAAAACGCCAAGCAAGUUCGCAUCCGCGGCUGGGUUACCGGCGGCGCCGCCCUUGCCGAAGAAGAAGGAGAUUGUUUUCCAAAACUAUCUCGGCAUCGGCGUAGACGCGCAGGCGGCGCUGCGCUUCCAUAGAACUCGCAACUUGCGACCUCAAUUGUUUUUUAGCGCGAUGACGAACAAACUGCUGUAUGGAGCGUUCGGGGCAAAAGAUGUCCUCGAGCACUCUUGCGCAGGUUUGCACCGAAGCAUUAGAAUUUACGCCGAUGGCGUGCGACAGACGAUUCCGCCCGAAGCCGAGGGAAUCAUUUUGCUCAACAUCAACUCCUUCGCGGGCGGCGUGCGGAUGUGGGAACGCGACGGGUCGUACGGUGUGUCUUCGAUGCAGGACGGCAUGGUGGACAUCGUCGUCGUGCACGGUGCCUUGCACUUGGGUCAGCUGAACAUUGGCGUCGACAAACCCGUGCGCAUUUGUCAAGCGCGGGAAGUCCGCGUCGUCGUCGAUCGCAAAAUCCCCAUGCACGUCGACGGCGAGCCGUGGGAGCAACCCGCGUGCACGAUGGAUAUUAAACUGAGAAAUAAAGCCACGAUGCUCCGUCGAACCGCGGACGUGCGCGGGAUGACGGUGAUCGAGAUGCAAAACACCCUCGAUUGGGCGUGCAAAGAGGACAUAAUCUCCGAGCCCCAGCGCGAGCAAAUCAUGGUCGAAGCCUACCGCCGCGCCGACGCCCGCUCGAUGGAAAACGGCCAUCGCCGUUCGGGUUUGCACCGCCGAUCGGGCAGCAUCGGCAACCUCUUAAACGCCAAGAGUUCGUCUUACAGCCAGCUCUUCGCCGGCGACGGCUUCGGUCUCGGGUAG